GGAGGAACGAGGCGUAGUUGCGGGAGGAUGGAGGAUCGCUGGGGAGGCUGCGUGGUCUCCCUGAACUGCGGCCCCGUGCUGGGCGUCUACCAGGGCCGCGUGAGCCGCGUGGACCAGCACUGCCAGAGCAUCUCGCUGGUGCAGCCGUUCCGCAACGGCGCGCGCUGCACCGUGCCAGAGCUCACGCUCAGUGCGACGGAUAUCAAGGAGCUGAAGAUCUUGGAGCUGCCGCCUGAUCCUGCGAUCUUCCAGCACACGCAGAUGCCGCUUCACAACGGAACAGCACCUGUGGCGAUGACCAACGGUGCCCAGUCGGCCUCUCACCCUAUUGCCAGGCGAGGGGAGCGGGAGGCCGAGGCCGCCGAUUCCUCAUCGCAGCAGCAGCCGCCAUCCUCGCGCGCCCACACAGAUGUGCCCGGCUCCACACCCUCCAAGGGGUUCCGCCGCCGACACAACUCCUGGUCGUCGAGCAACCGGCAGGCGCUGAUGGGCACGACACCAAAGCGCAACGCCGGCGGCCGCGGCGGCGCCGCCGCCGGCGGCGGCCGGCGCUCUGGGCGCGACGAGGACUGCUUCGCCGACGACCUCGACGACCUCCUGGACACGGAGUUCGACUUCGAGAAGAACCUCGCGCUGUUCGACAAGGCCGCCGUCUUCCAGGAAAUCGAGAUGCACCACGGCGGAGGGGCAGCGCAGCCCAACGGGGCAGCGGCGGCGGCGGCGCGCGCUCGCGGCACCCCGCCCGCCGACACGCAGAAGUACCGGCACGACGAGAACGUCCUGGCGGCCGCCGCUCCCAGCGAGUUCCACAGGAUCGACGUGCCCCAGCCGGGGCCCAAGCUGUACUGCACAGACACGGGGAUGGUGGUGCCCAGCGUGAGCCCAGCGCUGCACCGGCAGCUCCUGGGAGCGGCGGAGCGAGCGGGGCUCACGGCGGAGCGGCGCCGCGACGUGCUGGGGGUGUGCGCCACGCAGAUGGCACUGUCCCUGCUCGGGGGCUCCAACCGCAUGGACCCCAAGAACUCGCAUCAGCGGCCCACGGUGGUGGUGCUGUGCGGGCCGCACCGGCGUGGCGCGCAGGGCGCGUGCGUGGCGCGCCACCUCGCCAACCGCGACGUGCGCGUCGUCGCGCUCGUGCCGCGAGCGCCUCCGGGAGGCCUCGCCGAGGAGGUGCGCCUGCUGGAGAGGACGACGACGGCCCGGUGCGUCGGCAGCGUCGCCGAGCUGCCCGGCGCCGCCGUGGACCUCGUCGUCGAGUGCCUGCUGGGCGACCCCGACGAGAGCGCCGCCGCCGGUCCGCUCGGCCGCCUCAAGCCGCCGCGGGAAGCGGCCGCCUGGGCCGCGGCCACCCUGGCCCCGCUGCUCGCCGUCGAUCCGCCGCCCCCGGCUCGUCCUGCCGCCGCCGCGUCGCAAGACGCGCCCGGCGAGGCCGGCGGCGUCGCGUUCGCGGCCAAGUGGUCGCUCGUGCCGGGCCUGCCGUCGAGCCUGGGUGAGGGCGCGGGCCGCGUGUACCUGUGCGACGUGGGCAUCCCCGUGCGGGUGUUCGAGGAGGUGGGCAUUGCCUAUCACUCUCCCUUCGGCUGCAAGUUUGUCAUUCCGCUGCACAGCACGUAAAAGCGACUGUGCGUGUGGGCGAGUGUUACGAGUGUCUGUGUGAGUGUACAUGCGUGUCUGUGUGUGUGUGUGCGCGUGAUGGGGAGCAGUCGCACGGCGGUUAGCGCACCGAGCUACGGACCUUGGCACCCCAAAUUCCGAUUCCCGCUCACGACUGACGACAGCGUCAAAUAUUUUAACCGGUCCUGGCACCUCCCUUAGGUCAACUCGGCUUGAUACCUGGUGCGACGUGUAAACAUUGCCACCGAGGAGACAAAGGUGGCUGGGCGUGGCGCUGGCCACCCACUUCCUCGUGUGCCGUGACGGCCUUCACACGCCCUCGCUUGCAGCACUUUCCCCAACAUUCUGUUGAGGUUGUAUGGGGGAGCUUUGUCUACGUGUGUGCAAGCCGUUGAGUGUGGUGGUCACGUGUUGCAGGUCUCGUGAGAUCAGGCAGGGGUGAGGAAUCUUACCGGAUGCGGAUUUAAGCCGAUUACAUACCUCCGAUUAGCACGUUUGGGUACGAGCGGAAUGUACGUACGUACAUUCAGGGGGCAGCCACACGUUCACGCGCACACAACACCCACACAAAACACACAACACACACACAACACGCACACAACACGCACACAACACGCACACAACACACACCACACGCGCACACCACACGCACACACCACACGCACACACAACACGCACACACAACACGCACACACAACACGCAACACACGCACACACACAACACACACCACAUGCACACACGCACACACACAACAUGCACACACAACACGCACACAACACACGGACACACAACACACACAUAACACCCACGCACAAUGCACACACACACCCACACACACCAACAACGCACACACACACCAACAACACACACACACUCCUCGGUCACUCCCAUCACUGCAAGAUGCCCUCAGUGACGGGAGCGACGUCACGGCGUUUCCAGGUCGUAGAUAAUAUCCCGGCACGGGAGUUGGAAUAACGAUAGAACUUUCUCACUCAUUUCACGUGUGACGAUGAUGGGGGGAAGCGUGGGUUUACUCCCACCUCUUCCGAGACAUCUGGCCGGCAUGAAAGAGUAGGCCAAAGUCACCCUCGAUGCGAGUUCGCUCGCGUGGGAGGCCCCUCCCGCAAGCCGCUGCAGGGCUGCACCUUUACCCUUCUUCACCUUGUACGCGAUUACUAAAGCUCAACUAGAACUACGUUUGUAUUUUACCAGCUAAGGCCCACUUGAGCUGUACAGCUCUUUCUCAGAAGCGACUUGGCUAUCACAAAUGAUAGCUCAACGAAGAGGCUUAUGUGGAAAUGCAUAGCAGCCAAAUGACUAUAAAACGUGUGAUGUCGAUUCUAAAUGUGGAGGGAAAAACCAGAGGUACACAGACAAAAAUCCACGGGGAGAGAGACACGCAAACUCCAAAUAUACAGCAGCAGGCGUCCGGGUCGGGAUCGAACCCACGACCUCCUGUGUAUCAGGCGAGGUAGUUACAUCUCCUAGCCACCGCGGCGCUUCGUUCAGCUCGCACUGACGGUUCAGUAUCGUUCCGCGGGCCGUUUCGAAGCGGUGGUCCCCACGCGUUUGUGGCGGUCCGCAUCGCGCACCUCCAAUACGUCCAGUGACGUAGGCGCCCCAGCCCCUGACAUGGGAAACACUGGGGGGGGGGGAGGGGCGGCAGGGUUAUAGGGGGAAGAGAGAGAUGAAGUCACGGAGUACGGUCCGGGGCUUCAUGGGUAAAGUUGUUUGAUUCUCUUUGUUGAAGUUGCGUUUUAUCGAGUUCGGUUCAUCGAGCGAAGUUUGCGAGCACGUGCCGGUGAGAAUGCGUGGCUGGGGUGUACAGCGGACGAGAGGCUUGAAUACGCGCGGCGUCUGGUGACCAAAGCACCCAGGAUGCGCCAAAUAUCUCCACAGUUCCCUGAAGCUCAGCAAGGGGUUGGGCCCCCUGGGGUGGUGCUUAGCUGCUCGAGUUUGUAACACAAACCCAUUGUUGCGCUGUUCCUGUACUACUAUGCAUCCACAUCUGUACUCCCGAUGGUCAAAUGACUCCCCCUUUGACAUGCACGGGUGUGGUUGGGGGAGGCCCUCAUCCAGCAGUGGGUUGACAAAGAAGGGUGGGGCUGUACAUGUACAUACGUUGUUUGAAAUGGGGGUGCGCUGUCCGGGAAUAUAUUUCCCUGCACGCUGUGGGGUACGCGAGUGCGCACGUGUUUACGCACGUGUUGACGCACGCACAUGUAUGGUUAUUGUUUUAGGCCAUCAUUCCUGAGAAUCCCCCAUGUUGGUUACAGAUUACCUAUAAUCGCUGGGUGGCAUUUAACUCCAUGGCGUUAGCUCCUGGGUUCUCAUCCAGGCAGCUGAACGUGAUUAACCUGGGUCCUCCAUUGUGGCGAGUUGAUGGUGUCAGUUUAACACGUAGUAGUCGACUUUUGCGACCAAUAUUAUCCAUGAGGUCUUUUUUUGGGAUUAGAUCGCGUCAAUAUAAAUGUGUUGUUAAACCCACCACCAGCCGACACAGCCAAUGAGUAAGCAUGGUCACGUAAACAUAACGUGCCAGUUCAGCACACCGGUGUGUUUGAGAUUCAACCCACAACAUUGACGAUUCGUAUACGAUGUUUCACUGGUAAGUACAACCAACCUCACCACCGCACGUGUUGAGGGUUUAAUCUCCAACACAACCGGUUUACUGAUAUCGUAACUUAAUUGGCACGUUCUGUUUACGUGACAAACCUAAUUGGUUGUCGGGUGGUGGUGGGUUUAACGACACAUUUAUAUUGACGCCAUCCAAUCCAACAAAACACCUCUUUUGGAUUGAUGGUCUCAGCUCGGUCACUAUUUACUGCACACACACAACAACAACAUCGCAUUCAAUUUGGUUCUGCACUUAAUUUGCUGGAAAUUUAGCAUCUGAGAUUGCAAAAAUCGGUUUGACUGUUACGUAACGAACAGCAGUAGAGGGGGCAAGUGCUGCCCUCCCUUGUGUGUGUAUAACAAAUGUCACUUGAAGAAUUCGGAAGUAGCUUUGUGAUAUCCACUUCUGUGGGCCGUUCUCUAGUACAGAGGGGUCGCACUGCUCUGUGAGAGUUACGAAUCGUUGCUUAGUCUCGUGUCGCGACGCUGAUAGCAACAAUCGUGAUCCAAUUGGAGCAGCGACAACAACAUAAAAAAUCCGGGACAAAAAUUGUGGCAUUUAUUUGGACACCCGAGUAUGCGCAGUGCCUCUGUUUGCCGUACCUACGAAGGGAGCCACAGUUUACAUGUCAAACUUAAGUGUCGUGAAUGUUCAUACAGCAAACAUUUUUCAUUUUUAUUCCCCACCCGCACCCAAAUGGGUUAAGUCGGCGAUGGUAAUCGUCAUAAUGCCAGGCGAAGUAUUUGUGAUGUUUGGCUACGCUGAAUUUUACUGUUGCCAUUGUUGAGCACUGUCAGUUACAGCGAAAUUAAAGAUGUUUUCUUCAUGCGUUUA